AUGGCAGCCUCAUUCACCAAAGGAAGUAUGCUCUUGAGCUUAUUGCUUCACCAAAGAAAGUAUGCUCUUGAGCUUAUUGCAGAUAUGGUGUUAUCUGGUGCUAAGCCUGUUUCUACACCCAUGGAAUUGAACAAAAAGUUUACUACUACUGAAUUUGAUCAAUACAUGCCAUCCAUACAGGUUGAUCCUCCACUCACAGAACCAGCUGUCUUUCAGAGGCUUAUUAGAAGGUGGUUGUAUCUCACUACUACUAGACCAGACAUUACAUUUGGUGUACAGUGCUUGAGUCAGCUUAUGCAUUCUCCUAAGCAAUCAUACAUGGAGGCUUCUUUAAGACUGGUUAGAUAUGUCAAGAAGGAACCAGGUUUAGGUAUAUUCAUGUCCUCGGCAGGAGGGUCUGCACUUAAUAUUUUCUGUUAUGCCGAUUGGGGAGCUUGUAUCAACAGCAGGAAGUCCAUAACUAGUUACUUAGUUCAAUAUGGUUCAUCUUUAAUAUCUUAG